AGCCUGCAGCGAGCCAGACACCGCGAACGACGCGGCCUUGAUCGUCCCCUGGAACUAGAUAAAGUCGACUCAACUACCACCUACUGAGAUACCCAGACUGAAAAGUCCAAUGGGCCAAGGGGCUCGCAGCCGCUCGGGCUCGCGUACCUCGAUCCGUGGAUACAAACCUAUGCCCGGCUCGACUUCAUGUACGGCCGUCCGAACAAUCCCGCCCCCCUGGCAGGCCUCAACUACCCGACCAUGCCACAAGGCAGUGUGCAUGCGACAUCCGUCCCCUCAAGGGGUCUCGCGACUAGGCCAGCCAAGGCAGGACGGCAAGAUUCCUAUCAUCUACCGCGGUUUGCUGCUUCAUAUUCCCUUGGUUCAUGGUUCAUACAAGUCUAGGAACAAACACCCCGGGCCCAGCCGAGAGGCACGUAAAUCCACGUCCCCUCCGUGCAUAAUCGAAAAAAAAAAAAGAAAAAAGCUCUCCCUUCUCCUGGUGUCCGCCGUCUUAAAAGCAUAUUGGUUGCGGGUUUGCUGUCCUUUCUCCGUGAUUCGAUUCGCAUUGGCAUUUGCAUUGGUCUUGUGCGGAGCGUGUGGCCUCGCCCCUCACGCGGUAGGUAUAUUGAGUUAACUGACAGAGUAUUCUCGCCUGCUUCUACCUUCUGGUCCUUCUGCGUCCGCGCACCCCACACUCAAGAGGAGGUCUUGGGCUCGCCAUAGUACUUGCGCAGGAACGCCUCGACCUCUUUGUAAUCCUCUUUGACCUGCUUCAGGGUCUUCUCGAUGCGCGAAAGCGACGUCUUCUUGUCCGGCUCGUCUGUCGAACCGGUCUCGUCCUUCCCGGCGCCGAAGUGCUGGAUCUUCUCGCAGGCAUCCUUGACCUUGGUGAGGCCCAGCGUGGCGGAUGAACCUUUCAGGUAGUGACCCAAGGACGACAGUUCGGCCAGGUCUUCCUCCUUCCUG